AUGGCAAAUCAAACUGUUACCAACUUCCUUACAUUACCGGUAGAACUUGUCUACCGAAUUAUGGAUCAUCAAUCAGAUUUCACAAUUAUAUGUUCAAUGAAAAAUACACUCACUACACUUGAUCUUGAGCAUCAUCAUAUCGGAAGUGUUCGAGCAAAAGCUUUGGGUGUUGCAUUACAGCAAAACACAACACUCAUCACAUUGCAUUUGGGAGAUAAUCGUAUUGGAGACCGUGGAGCGCAAUCGCUCAGUAGGGCAUUACACCAAAAUACUACACUCAUUACACUACACCUCACUAAAACCGAAAUCGGAGAUCUUGGAGCACAAUCAUUAGGUGAUGCAUUAAAACACAACACAACACUCACCACACUGCAUCUAGAAGAUAACCAUAUUGGAGAUAUUGGAGCACAAUCUUUGGGUAGUACAUUAAAACACAACACUACACUCAUUGCACUACAUCUCGCUAAAAAUAAAAUUGGAGAUCUUGGAGCACAAUCUUUAGGUGAUGGAUUACGACACAACGCAACACUCACCACAUUAAGUCUAAAAUAUAAUUCAAAUAAAGGUAUUAGAUCACAAUCUUUGCUUGAUACGUUAAAAAAUAGCGGACUAUUCAACACAUCCGACCUCGAAUAUAAUGGAAUUGGGGAUAUUGGAGCACAAUCUUUGGGUGUUGCAUUACAAUACAACACAACACUCACGACGUUAGAUCUCGAAUCUAACUCAAUCGGAGAUGUUGGAGCACAAUCUUUAGGUGAUGGUUUACAACACAACACAAGACUGAUCACAGUACAUCUCGCUAAAAAUAAAAUCGGAGAUGUUGGAGCACAAUCUUUGGGUGUUGCAUUACAAUACAACACAGCACUCACCAGAUUAGAUCUAUGUGGAGGAGAAAUAGGAGAUGUUGGAGCAAAAGCUCUGGGUAGUGCAUUACAACACAACAGAACACUCAUCGAAUUAGAUCUUAAUAGAAAUAAAAUUGGAGAUGUUGGAGCACAAUCUCUGGGUAGUGGGUUACAAUACAAUACAGUAGCCUUCAUUGUCUCUUUAUCUAUACCAUGUCUUUAA